AUGGCUGGGAGUCAUUGGGAGUCGACAUACGAUGACAGCGGGCUGGGUCCUGCCAGACGCGAUUCACUGGAUGGUUAUGAUGAACUCGGGUACGAAGAAGCAGCUACGUUCCGUCCCCGAUCCGCGGAUCGUUAUGAGUCUGGAGGUCUGGAUGGAUUUGCCUCCCCCUGGCUCGGGAGAAGUAGACUCUUAAGGCGCAACCCAUCCUUCAAGCCAAAAGAGCAUGUAUCCCAGCGCAAUGCCCACAGAUCAGGCUGGUUGAUCCGGGCCCUUCGACAGUGGAAGCCGUUCAGUAAGAAGGACGACCGACCUGAAUCUGACUUGACACCGGACGGUGAGAUUAUUCCCGCCGAUACGGCUUCACUGGAACCAGCCACUCGAUCUAGUGAAACUGACAUUGGCCAUAAUCUUAUUCUUGCAAUCACCGGGGGAAAAGGAAAGUCGCAGAUACGUUCGCUUUUGGCUGAGUUGCGCGACCCAAAUGCGAAACCACUUCAUCCAGUAUAUGGCAGUGUUCUCGCUGCUGCUGCUGGGGCAGGCUCAGUCGAAACCAUUCGAUAUUUGUUAAACGCAGGCGCAGAUGCGGACAUGCAAUUGAUCACCGGGAAAUACGGCAGUGCUCUGUGUGCAGCUGCAGCGUCACAACAUUCUGACAAUCUCAAGGCUAUUCUGAUGGCUGGAGUUGAUGUUGAUAUGUACUUGAUUGGGGGCGAAUAUGGAAGUGCCCUUGCUGCUGCCGCUAGAGAAGGCUCGAACAAAAACGUUCGGCUUUUACUACAAGCAGGCGCCGAGGUGAACAUGAUUUUGAAAACUGGAUUGUAUGGUAGCGCCCUGUGUGCUGCAGUGCCUUCACCUCAGAAUCUCCAAUCUCUCCUCGACGCUGGUGCUAAUGUCGAAGAGCAAGUAUACAUAGGCCCAUACGGAAGUGCCCUUGCUGCCGCUGCCGGGUCUCAGUUUCCUAAAAGUCUCGCUUCUAUCCUGGAGGCCGGGGCCAAGGUUAAUCGGCUACUUGGGGUUGGCGAUUUUGGCAGCGCUGUUAUUGCUGCCGCUGCUGCGCCUGACGAAUCCAGCUCUACCAUGAAUAUCAAGACCCUCAUCAAAGCAGGUGCUGAUCUUAAUACACAAACCCCAGGCGGUCUACAUAGCAGUGCUCUGGCAGCUGCUGCUUCUCGUUCAAACCCGGCCCCUCAAGUCAUCGAAAUACUGGUAAAAGCUGGUGCAGAUGUCAAUAUGCAAUUGCAUUAUGGAGUUUAUGGCAGUGCUUUGGCUGCUGCUACUUCAGUUAAGGCUGUGGAAGCCCUCUUGAAAGUAGGAGCUGAUGUUGACAUGAAGCUUACACAUGGAUGCUUUGAUACUGCGCUUGCUGCAGCGCUGCAGCGAGUGACUGAUUCUCUUAUUGGAGCCUCUAAGAAAAACACAGAGGAGGAAGAUAUUGCUGGCAUUCUUCUUGCAACAGGAGUGACGGAUGUUGGGCCACUGCACCAACUCUCAAUUGGGGCACUCUCGAUGUCAAACCCAGUGACCCGAAGAAGCUAUGACGAGGCUCGCGAAUUCAAGUUCGAUUGGGAACUUCCCCUUAUUCUGGAAUUUUCAAGUGACAUCGAGCCCGAUCUUUUACACAGAGGGACUUUGACAAGAAACAGAAAUACGGUCAAGCUGGCAUCCUGUCAUGACUUUCUCAGCAACUCUUUUGGGGACAUAGGAACGAGGCUAUUGCACGGAAUCAUGAGAGCCCUCCGGGUAUCCCGUGGUCUUUACUCUCAACAUGAGAUUUCUGUUUCCACGCUCAGAAAUGACUUUAAUGACGAGUGCUCGGUAUCACUCAAUAAGCUGGCCCCGUUCAAUUCCUUCUUUUCCUCCGCUGAAUGCUGGUAUCCUCUUUUUGACUCGGCCGUGAUCGCAUUACAAUCAUCUGUUGAGCCUCAACUUCAACCAUGCGAAGGACUCGAGCUGGAUUUCAAGCAGCUACUUAAACUCACAGCUGUCGAAUAUCCUAUCAUGGUCGAUGAUGGCAUCAUCCUCAUGGGCUACUCAACUGCGCUUGUACCUAUCAAGCAGACCCGCGAUGGAAGGAUUAUGUGGCACUUGGAAACCGCCACAGACGACUUCCAACUUCAGGCUUCUGACCUCCAAUCAACGCAGAAGCAAUGGUUACGACUAUCCAGUUUCGAAGAUUUGCUUUCCGCAACAGUGAUACUAGGCUGGAGCUCCAAAGCAGAAGUCCUCUUGGGCACAAAUCGCCUGGUCCCAAGUGUGACAUGGUCCAAUGCAAAGGUCAAGACGGCUACCUGGCACUGGAGCGGAGCAAACCUCCAAUUCAUGGCCCAAACGGCGUCCCCGUUGAAGUUGGGAGCUCAAAUGGGCAUGAUGUUUGAUCGGUCAGUCAACACCAUACAGUUUAGUCCCUCCACAAACUACCUCAAAUGCUUGUCGAGCAGCUCUCAGCAACCGAUCAUCCUCUACGAUGUGAAGACAAAAAGAGCCUGGUUGGUCCCACUGCUCUCCGUGUUCCAUCAUAUGCUGCUGGCCUACUAUAAAACGAUAGACAAAAGAUCCCGGGCCAAUCUGCCGCCUUUCGCUGAGCCAACAUCUGACUCGCAUUGCCCAUCGUGGGCUGCUUUGCAUGAUCAAGGAGAACUGAUUCUUGAAAAAUCAACAGGGAAUGAACUAACAGUCCGCGAUCUUAUCAUGGGAUUUUCCGUGAAUCUCUCGAAGACCACAAUCCAACCUCCCAGGGCUUCGAAUAUGCAUCCACUCACUGUAUCCUCGAUUUUCGGAUAUGAAUUCGCAGACAUUGUGAUGGAUUCGCCAAGUAGUGAGCUGAAGAAAACAUCCCUUGAAAAGGAGGGUUUGGCCUGGAUACCCCUGCUCAGCAAUAUCAAAUGCCUCUUCUGUUCAGACUUGGGCGAUGCAAUCAUCGGAAGGCGCUCACCGUGGGAAUCCUCACCGUGCAACAGCCUAUUAGAAGGAUAUGACCUAAUGGCAGCCUCUAUCGAAAGCAUGGAGCUUCUCGCCAAAAGACACGGAAGCAAUGCGCGCGUUUCUUCGUGUCAGUUAUCCAACAACCACUCCUGGUGUCUGGCUGGUACACCCUUCCAAACCUGCGAACACGAAGAGAAAGAAUCAUGUUGGGACCGACCUGGUUUCCUGGAAGAAACUCUCCAAGAGAUCAAAAGCCAGCAAGUGUCGGUGAAUGGUCCUGUUCAAAAUGGCAAUAGCAAUUGCUCUACUACCAUUACCCAAGGGGCUUUAGUUUUCGGUGGACAAGCUAAAGCCCGGUCUAAGACAAAGACUUUUCUCACGCUGGUCCAGUCGACCGAGUCUCGCAAGGUUUCAAUCCAGAGUGCUACUAGCUUAGUUUCUUGA